GGUUGCACAUCAGGCCCGGAAGUGGAAUCCGGCGGGGGGGGAGAUGGCGGCCAUCAAGGUGAGGCAGGACCUGCCACCUCCCGGGGGCUAUGGGCCCGUGGAUUACAAGCGGAACAUCCCCCGUAGAGGCCCCUCAGGUUACAGCAUGUUUGGGAUUGGAAUCGGAAUUUUAAUGUUUGGCUACUGGAGGCUCUUCAAGUGGAACAGAGAGCGGCGACGGCUCCAAAUUGAAGACCUCGAAGCCCGUGUAGCCUUGCUACCUCUGCUGCAUGCUGAACAGGACAGGAGGUUUCUUCGUUUACUGAGGGAGAACCUCGAGGAGGAAGCAAAAAUUAUGAAGGAUGUUCCAGACUGGAAGGUGGGCGAGAGCGUUUACCACUCCAAUCGGUGGCUCCAUCCCCCAGUGGAGGAACUGUUUAACCUCCGACCUCGGGAAGAGUACGUCCGUGAGAAGUAUGGGUUCCAGUGGUAUGUGUGAGCAUGGUGAGAGGAGAGCGGGACCUCAACCAGGGAUUCGGCCUUUGUCUGUAGCCGAUUCCCUGUGUAAAAUCUGUUCCGAGUGUAAUAUUGUUAAUAAAACGUGUAUAUUUGG